UUUCGUUGAAAGCAUAAACUGUGUAUCGGUAUUCAGAUUGUUUCCAAGUUCUCACCCAUUCCUUCGUAUUCUCUCAAAACUAAGGAUCGUUUCGCAGAUGAACGCAGGUACAAAAGCUCUUAUUCAGAUCGCCUAUGGUUUGACACAGCCUGCAUAACGAAUUCUUUCCAUAAUGCUGCAUGCAGAUGUUAUUGCGACUUGGUAGGCUACAUGUCUACUCUCUCUGCGUAGCCUAGAACAUCUCCUUGGGGCCGCAAUGAAUGUAGUUCAAAGUUCAUCGAGUCGUUUAACACUUCACCCCAUUCUGUUGUGCUUCAACAAUAAGUCACAUGUGCGCAUGGGACAUUUCCAUUUUUAUCAUACACCAGGUGUAAGGUCCACCCCCGAAAAAGUGUUUCGCGAAACCGGCGACAGCUGGAUCUAGCCCACUCACUUCUUCCUCGUGGAACAUGUGGAAUAGGCUACAAUAAAAUCAUUUCGGCGCUAAUAUUAUCGGUGUAGCCUAUCAUAUGCAUGCAACUUAUUUUGCGCCGUAAAAUCAGAGUCGUGUCCUUCAGAACCUGUUUAGGUCAGUCAUGACCAGGACGCUGCUCUUUCUGAAGUGCCAAGUUCAAUUUCAGCUUCGCAACAGUCAACAACGCAAGACAUGCUGGCAACAAGCUCAGGUUCGAUGGAGAGGCACCUGUGGCCCGGCCCCUGUGUUGACUGCCAGCCCCUCCAGAGCCCUCAUAGAUGAGCCCAUCCGCAUACAGGCCUGCCACCUGCCCUCCCACACGGCCGUCACAGUCAGGGCUCGCAUGAGCAGCGAGGACGGAGACCUGUGGGAGUCCCUGUCACACUACCACACCGAUGCACACGGUGCUGUCAACUUGACGCGAGACCCAUCAGUUGGAGGUUCCUAUGUCGGGUGUGAGCCAAUGGGGCUGUUCUGGGCCAUACAGCCGGCUCCCGGAGGAAGAGAGGGACUCAGGUUGCGUAAGAAAGACGUUGAGACUCCAUACUCCGUGCAUCUGUCUCUGAUGGGGGGCCAUGUGAUCCAGAGUGACAGCAGGGGCGGUGGGGCAGACGAAGGGCAGGUGCUGGCCACAGCACAGGUGGAUAGGUACUACAUGGCACCAGGAGUGCGGCGCGUCGAGAUCCGGCAGAACGGUGUCGUGGGCACCAUGUUUCUCCCACCAGGUCAAGGCCCAUUCCCUGCAGUAUUGGACAUGUGGGGGAUGGGAGGGGGGCUGGUGGAAUACCGGUCGGCCUUGCUUGCGUCUCAUGGGCUGGCUAGCCUGGCCUUGGCUUACUUUGGCCACAAAGACAUCCCUGGGCCACUAAACUGCAUCAAUGUGGGAGAUCCCUACUUCCAGGCUGCCUACCAGCUGCUGCAGGAUCAUCCACAGGUGUGUGAGGACAGAAUAGCAGUGAUGGGUCUCUCAUUUGGCGUAUAUCUGUCCCUACGGAUUGCCUGUCAACUCCCUGUCAAUCCCAGGUGUGUGGUGGGCAUCAAUGGUCCUGUGGCCAGUUUCAACACAUUUUCAAGUGAUGGUGGAGUCAAUGGAAGCUUUGAACAGGAACAGAAGCACUGGAGUUUUAAUGAGGAGGGUUUUGUCAGUUUUAGAGAAGUCUCUAACCCCAGCAACAUCCCACAAGAGAACCAUGUGAAGGUUGAGAGUCUGUGCUGCCCCCUGCUGUACAUAAUUGGAGAGGACGACUUGAGCUGUGCUGCUGUGGAGAACGCAGAUGAGAUUGAACGGAGGCUGAGGGCGGCAGGUAAAUCUCACCUGUUCACCCGCCUGCCCUACCGAGGCGCCGGCCACCUCAUCGAGCCCCCUUACACCCCCAACGCACGAGUCUCGCUCUGGACAACCAAACCCCAAAAAUUGAUGACCCUGUGGGGUGGAAACCUUGCGGACCAUGCUGCAGCACAAGAGGACUCAUGGCAAAGGAUUCUGGGAUUCCUCAGACACCAUCUGCUCAGGCAGGAGCUACCGUAGUU